AUGUCGGAUAAGGAGAAGAAAAAGAGCAGUGCGACGCACGCGGCCUUCCCUCCCUCAACGGCCUCGCAGCCUCAAUCAAUGAGUCCCCUGCUGUCUUCCACUCCACCAACAGUCACCAAGGCACUAGCUCAAGCAUACCCAUACAUUCUGGCCAGCGACAAGGUGCUGGGUCUGCUGACAUGGACUGAGGAUGAUCAAUGGCAGAGCUUUCUGUUGGUGGCCGUCUACGUGACCGUGGUCAUGUACUACGAAUACUUGGUCAUCUACUGUGGUCACAUUCUUGCCGUGGGCUUCAUCUGGGCCUUUGUGUACAUUCGACAAAGUGUGGAGAGACGGCAAACAUCGGAGCCCUCUCUGGAUGCAAUUGUGCACACGCUGACCAAUGUCACCACCAAGGCAAAUCUUCUGCUGCUUCCAAUCACCUCUCUGAGCCUGACCCCCAGAGAUGUGACCCGAUUGGCAUUCACCACGCUCUUCCUAUCGCCUCUGUAUAUGUUUGGUGCCUACUUUUUCCUUGGACCCCGAAAGUUCCUGCUCACUACCGGCGUCUUCUUCCUCACCUACCAUUCCAUGGCUGCCCGAGUCACACGAGCAGUCAUCUGGAAGUCCAAGGCCAUUAGACUGGUCACCUUCUACCUCACUGGACUCGACUUUUCCAACACAAAGCGAAACCUGGGCGCCUUUGGAUUCACCCAAUCGCCCCUGUCGGUGCAGUCCAAGGACGGAAAGCCCGUGCGGUUCACCUACGUACUGUAUGAGAACCAACGACGAUGGCUCGGUAUUGGCUGGACCGCCAACCUUCUGGCCUACGAGCGAACUCCUUGGACCGACGAGUUCCUCAACGAGGUUACUCCUCCUUCUGAGUUCAAGCUGCCCGAUACAGAGGGCACCGGCAUGAAGUGGCAGUGGGUCGAUCCUACUUGGCGAUUGGACUGUACCAACGAUGGCGCCCUGGUCAUUAUUGGCAACAAGGCUUUGAGCACGCCCGAUCCUUCUCCCUCCGAGGGAUGGAUCUACUAUGACAACACAUGGAAGCGACCUACUGCAGACGACUCUUUUAGCAAGUACACCCGACGACGACGAUGGGUGCGAACUGCUGAGCUCAUCACCGUCACCAAGCCCACUGAUGUGGUGGUCACUGUCGAGGAGGAUGGUGUGACUGACGCUGCUGGAGAUGUGGAGAUCAUCACCACCGAGACCGAGGAGAAGGUGCGAAGACGAAAGGGCAUUAGAUUCGAGGAGGACUCUUAA